GCAGGACUUGGGCCCGCGGGGCCGGCGCGGAGGGAAGCGCUCUGGCAUAGCUCGGCUCGGCUCGGUUCGCGAUGUGGACUUCGCUCCGCACCGUCGCGGAGCCCGCCGGUCCCAGAGCAGCCGGCGGCCGCUUCUGGGCUCUGAUCGUGGCAGCAGCAGCCGGGCUCUUCCUCCUCGGGUUCCUCAUCGGCUGGUUUGCAAAACCUGUGGAAGAGAAGACACCUGUGAGUCCUCAUGAAGAGAUGAAGAAGGCAUUUAUGGCUGAAAUGAAAGCUGAAAACAUCAAGCAGUUUCUUUACAAUUUUACACGCCUUCCACACCUAGCAGGAACAGAGGAGAAUUUGCACCUGGCAAAGCAAAUCCAAGCAGAGUGGAAGGAGUUUGGACUGGAUUCUGUUCAGCUGGCUCAUUAUGAUGUCUUGCUUUCCUACCCAGAUGAAACUAAGCCCAACUACAUCUCAAUAGUUGAUGAGAAUGGAAAUGAGCAGAUUUUCAACACAUCGUUAUUUGAGCCUCCUCCUCCAGGAUAUGAGACUGUUAGAAAUGUGGUGCCACCUUACAGUGCAUUUUCAGCCCAAGGAAUGCCUGAGGGUGAGUUAGUGUAUGUGAAUUAUGGCCGCACUGAGGACUUCUUUAAGCUAGAACGUGAAAUGCAAAUCAACUGUACAGGAAAGAUUGUUAUCGCUAGAUACGGCAAGAUCUUCAGAGGAAAUAAGGUAAAGAAUGCUGAAUUGGCGGGUGCCAAAGGAGUCAUUCUGUACUCUGACCCUGCUGACUACUGUGCCCCAGGAGUAAAUCCCUACCCAACUGGCUGGAACCUGCCAGGUGAAGGAGCUCAGCGUGGAAACGUAUUAAACCUGAAUGGGGCAGGAGAUCCUCUGACACCAGGUUAUCCUGCGAAGGAAUACACCUACCGACUGGACAAAGCCAGUGGUGUAGGUCUCCCAAAAAUUCCAGUUCAUCCCAUUGGUUCUCAUGAUGCUGAGUCACUACUACGUAACAUGGGAGGACCUGCACCACCACACAGUAGCUGGAAAGGAAGUUUGAAUGUAUCUUACAACAUUGGUCCUGGUUUCACAACAAAUUAUUCUACAAGGAAGGUGAAAAUGCACAUUCAUAGUAACAACAAAGUAACAAGGAUUUACAAUGUGAUCGGAACCAUCAGAGGAAUGGUGGAACCAGACAGAUAUGUCAUCCUGGGAGGCCACCGUGAUUCUUGGGUGUUUGGUGGCAUUGAUCCUCAGAGUGGGGCAGCUGUGGUUCAUGAGAUUGUGAGGAGCUUUGGAAAACUAAAAAAGGAAGGAUGGAGGCCAAGGAGAACAGUGAUAUUUGCAAGUUGGGAUGCAGAGGAAUUUGGCUUGUUAGGAUCGACAGAGUGGGCUGAGGAAAAUGCCAAAGUAUUACAGGCACGAGGAGUGGCUUAUAUCAAUGCAGAUUCCUCCAUUGAAGGAAACUACACACUAAGAGUAGAUUGCACACCGCUGAUGUACAAACUGGUGUACAGCCUGACUAAAGAGAUAUCGAGUCCCGAUGAGGGAUUUGAAGGCAGAUCUCUAUAUGAGAGCUGGUAUGAAAAAAAUCCAUCGAGCGAAUAUAAAGAGGUCCCCAGAAUAAACAAACUAGGUUCUGGCAAUGACUUUGAGGUCUUUUUUCAACGGCUUGGCAUCGCUUCUGGCAGAGCCCGUUACAGUAAAAACUGGAAUGUAGAAAAAUAUAGCAGCUAUCCAGUUUACCACAGUAUCUAUGAAACCUAUGAAAUUGUGGAGAAGUUUUAUGAUCCCACUUUCAAGAAUCAUCUGACAGUAGCUCAGGUACGGGGAGGGCUGGUGUUUGAAUUGGCCAACUCCGUUGUCCUUCCUUUUGACUGCAGAGAUUAUGCAGCAGCUGUGAGCAAUUAUGCUUACAUCAUCUAUAAUUUGUCAAAGAGUCAUGAAGAGGAGCUGUCAACAUACAGUGUAUCCUUUGAUGCUCUCUUUUCAGCUGUGAGGAAUUUUUCAGAAGUUGCUGCUCACUUUCAUCAGCGUCUGCAGCAAAUAGAUGUCAAUAAUAUACUUGCUGUCAGAUCUUUAAAUGAUCAGCUAAUGUUUCUAGAAAGGGCUUUCAUUGAUCCUCUUGGACUACCUGGCAGGCCAUUCUACAGACAUGUCAUCUUUGCUCCAAGCAGCCAUAAUAAGUAUGCAGGAGAAUCAUUCCCAGGAAUCUAUGAUGCCGUAUUUGACAUUAAAAGCAAAGUUGAUCAACGUAAAGCCUGGGAAGAAGUAAAGAGGCAGAUUUCCAUUGCAGCCUUCACUGUGCAGGCAGCAGCAGAGACACUGAAAGAAGCAGCAUAAGCAUCAGCAGCAUCAGCAAUAUCAGCAUCGAUGAAAGACUAUAUAUGACAGUUUGAGGAAACAAAGCAUUUAAAAACAGUAGGAGGAUUAUUACAAGAACACAAAAACCAAACAGUCGUGUUCUUUGCAAAUAGUAUACCCAAGUGGAAUGCAUUUAACAAUGAUAACAAGGUAAUAUUCUCCAUUAAAUGAGCCCAAGCUUUACAUAACUUCUGAAGUGAGAAUCUACAUUAAAAAAAAAUCAUGUUUUCUCUCCGCUUAAUAUGUUAAGAAUUGUUAACCAUUGGGUGUAUUUUCAGAGCUUUUUAUUUAGCUAGCUUGAUUAAUUUUUAUAACAUUGCUUAUAGGAAAACAGAAGUUUCAUGCAAAAAGAUGGGAAGACUGUCACGUACAGUGUGAAGGAUGUGUAACAAUAAUAACAAGUUUUGGGCCAUCAGCCCAGAAUUCAGUUAAUGGUGUUCUUCUCCUCACAUGCUGGGUCUUACAGUUGUUUGCAAAUAAAAUUAAGCAAGAAGCCUUCUAUUCACCAGGGUAAAGAUAUGGGAAUACAUCUUGUCAGCCACAAAGUGAUCUCACAAAACAUAUCUUUCAAGAUGAAGACCUGCUUUUAUUCUAUCAUCGAAAAUCUACUCUUAAUCAUGCCUUGUCCAUAUCAAGACAUUUUUAAUAUGAAGACAAUUAGAAGCAAAGAAAAUCCAUUAUACUCUUACUAUGAAAGGACACCAAAUUAUUACCAUCUUUCUACACUCUAUUUCUGCUUUGGCUUGCAGCUUAUUCUUAUUACUGCUUGAAAGCAGUGCACCAGACAGCUGAGAUCAGACAGAGAACACUUUCAGAGAAGUCAGUUCAUACAACGUUUUGUCACUGGAGGAUUAUUCAGCUUUUGCUCUGCAAAUAUUUUUGUGUAACUUGACCUGCCAUUUCAGCUGAGGCUUCCACCAUUUCUUAGAAGACUGUCCCCUGAUCUGGUGGAUUUCAGUGUCCCGGCAGAUGCUUACGUCUCUGUAGCACCUCACUUAUUCAUAAAUUUUUCUCAUCUCUUUACAUUAAACCCCUUUAGGCAAGUGAAUAUAAUUAAAGUCGUUAUUUUACUUGACUGUUAGUCUUUCUCAUGCUAUAAUCUGGCUAACCAGAUAAUGGGAAAUGCUCUCACACCCACCGUUACUCUCAGUUGAUUUUUAUUUUUUUAUGAAAGAAGGUUAGAGUAAGACUAUGGAGACAUAAUCUUCCACUAAAUUUAGUUGUGCAGAUGGGAGACAUUGCUCUCUUCACCUGUUUAUCACUCCUUGCUACUGGAGGUGCUCUUUAUGCCAGUGGAGCAAUUCAUUCCAAUGGUCUAUAAUCCCUCUCUGGCAAAACUAGGCAGGUUAGUUCGGAUCAUCAGUUAAGCUAACCUAGAUGAUUUUGUCUGCUGCAGUCCAGGGAAUGAUAACACAAAUCCACUAUCCAUGUUGCAGAGGGAGAAGUGAUGAACAACUUUUAUUGACUAGCUGGAUUCAAAAAGAGUAUUUUUUCAUUGCUUAGGAGGAUGUAUCCAGAAUUGAAGCACCAGAGUCCAAAAUUGUAGAGCUCUCUCCCUAAUUAACGUAUAAAUUCCCUCAGCAACUUUUUCUCUCAGCUCAGAAGACAUAGCUUUUUAAUCUCUUGCUUAAUCUUAGCAUUAUUUUAUUUAAGUUUUCCUAGGGACAUUUCUGGCAAUAGCUGGCAGAUAAUACACAAUGGCAGGGCCAAGUACCUAACAAAAUAUAGAGCAUGUUACUCUAAGCUCACGCUGUGGUGAUACUAGGUAUGGCAACAUCCAUUUAAAGAAAAAUCUCUUUUAAACACACAGUUCAGAGCUGUGCCCUAACCACUGUAGUGGAUAGAAUAUGGGGGCAGAAGCUCUCUCCUGUUGACUCUUUACCCCUAAGCAGAAAAACCUUUGGGCUGAUAGGUUCAGAGAGAGAAAGCACACAAAAGGCUGAUCGUAUUGUAAUGGUUUACAAUGAUGUUUUGGAAAGGUAGGAUUCAAACUGUCCAGUCCCUUCUUCCAGAUAUGGGUGUAGGUUGUGAUGCAUGUCUGUUCAUUGCAAAUCACAACCCUUCACAGCUGAAUUUUAAAAGCAAAUAGAACUUCACUUAUUUUUUAAAGAAAAGAACAUCCUCAGAUGGAGUCAGUCCCAUUCUUGCCCCCAGCCCUGACCCUGUCACCUAAAUAACAGAGACAUGAGGUUAAAGACUGUAUGCUCCGUGCAGUCUCUAAGUGUGUUGCCCAUCUCCCUUUUCAGCAUGAAAAUCUCAGUCCUGAGGAGUCUUAACAGUUGGUGCUGGCAUCUCUUGAGACAAUCACUAUGAUUCUUAAUCUUCCUUAUCCAGCAUCAUCUCGGAUGUUCUUGGCCCCGCUACAGGAAACCACCCCAGCUUACAAUAUAGGUUACGACAAACCAGUGCUUAUUUGAUUCUUCUCAGUAUGCUGGGCUGCAACUUGCAGCUGAACAAUAGCUUCUUCAAGAACUGCUGAGACAUCUUUGUAGCAGGUUUGGGACUUGUUGAGAGAGGGGAAGACAGACAGAUGGUGGGAAACAUGAUAGGUAUUCUGUUGUAAACUACACUCGUAAGUGUGUACCUCAAACUCCUUCCUCUCUGUGAGGAAGGGAGCACAGGCAUCUAAUUCCACAAGCUACAAGUUAGGCAUGGCAGCAUCUGCCAUUUAGACACAUUGUGGCUCAUUCACCCAAGAGAUCUUGAUCAGUUUUUAACUUUCAAAUAAAAGGCCCGAUGCUCUUUAGUCUUCAAAGAUUCGUAGGGAAAUUCUGGAAAGAACAUGCUUCUUCCUCUAUCCCUUUUUAUUUUAAGUCUUUCUAUAGAGUAAAUAAAGCCUUGAGUUCCAUAAAGACUAUUGCAGGCAAAAAUGGCUAGUGUCAUACUCAACAACAAAUGGCAAAACAUAUGUAGCUAAUUACUGAAGCUGUCCAAACCAUAUGACAAAAUAUUUGCAUGGGUAUGUAUGCAACUGGCUGCUUCCUAUUUGCCUCUGGAGGAUUUUUAAACAACCAGCAAAAAUGAAAGAUGUAUAUGCACAAAGGAAUAUUCUUUCAUAUGACUAAUUUUCUGGGAUGGUACAAAGAAGCAAGGAUCUCAUUUGACAUUUAUGAAUGAAGUCAACACAACUGACAUGCCAGUGAAUAAAGCCAUCUACCUCCUAUCGCACAAAUGAGGGACAAGAAAUUGGCAAAAUAAAUAAUUGCUCAGUAUUGCAAGCUCUGUCUCUUAAUAAGUUCUUGGGAACUUUGUAACUGCACUGAGAAACAUUUCCAGUCCAUUGAUUCUUAGAGCUCAAAAAAUUGAAACAGGCAAAUGAGCAACAAGAUGUGUGUUAUAAGGCAGUUGACUAAGGAAGAGCUGACAACUAGAACCAUGUACAGCAAGAGCUACCUUUUAAGCAUCUGUACUCUGUUAGAUCUAUCAAGGUAGCACAGAAGUAUCUAUUAGUAACUCAGGCCUCAAGUGUGAAAUUCUUUCUUACACAAGUCAGUACAAGGUUUGUGUGCUAAUUCUCUUUCAGUGAGCUAGAACUUCAAGCAACACAGAAAGUAUUUGCUUGACUUCUGCAGUGAAUUGAAAUUCACUCUUUAACAUUGUCAAGUGCUGUUGACCACUUAUUCGAGCAGUAACAUUAAAGUAUCUGGAAAUGAAAUGAAAAGCAACAUUUUUCUUUGAAGAAAGUACUUCCUAUCCUAUGGCCACCAGUUAAUACUGUCAAAGAACUUCAUACAAUGACUCUCCUGUGCACUUGACAUGUACAUCAAAUGAAGUGGAAGCAUACCAUGGUUAUGAUGGACAGGAUCUACACCUAUAUUAAAAUAAAUUCUAGCUAUCACGAUACAA